AUGGCCCAAUCUAAUGGCAACGGCAGUGGCGCCAAUGGCGGUGCCAACAGCCAUGCCCGGUUCUUCGAAGACUUUGGCGUUUGGAAGGAGUCGCCUGUCCUCAAAGGCAACACGCAGUUCGAACCUCUCCCUGAUGUCAAGAACAUUAUGAUUACUGGCGGAGCCGGCUUUAUUGCUUGCUGGCUUGUUCGUCACCUUACUCUCACAUAUCCCAAUGCAUACAACAUUGUGUCCUUCGACAAGCUUGACUACUGCUCGUCUCUCAACAACACGCGCGCGCUCAACGAUAAGCACAACUUCACUUUCUACCAUGGAGACAUCACCAACCCCUCCGAGGUGGUCAGCUGCAUGGAGCGCCACAACAUUGACACCGUCUUCCACUUUGCCGCCCAGUCUCACGUCGACUUGAGCUUCGGCAACUCGUACAGCUUCACCUACACCAACGUCUACGGCACCCACGUGAUGCUGGAGAGCGCGAAGAAGUGCGCCAUCAAGCGCUUCAUCCACGUCUCCACUGACGAGGUGUACGGCGAGGUCAUGGAUGAUGCCGAUGACUUGCUCGAGUCCAGCAUUCUCGCCCCUACGAACCCUUACGCCGCUUCCAAGGCUGCUGCUGAGAUGAUGGUGCACUCGUACCAGAAGAGCUUCAAGCUCCCCGUCAUCAUUGUCCGCAGUAACAACGUCUACGGUCCCCACCAGUUCCCCGAGAAGAUCAUCCCCAAGUUUACCUGCCUGUUGAACCGCGGCAAGCCUCUGGUGCUUCACGGAGACGGAAGCCCCACCCGACGUUACCUCUUCGCUGGUGACGCUGCCGAUGCGUUUGACACCAUUCUCCACAAGGGCGAGCUGGGCCACAUCUACAACGUUGGCUCUUACGACGAGAUUGCCAACAUUGACAUCUGCGGCAAGCUGUUGACCGAGUUGAAGAUCCCCCACGAUAAUGAGGACGAGUUCCGCAAGUGGGUCAAGUACACGCACGACCGUCCUUUCAACGACCACCGCUACGCUGUCGACGGGACGAAGCUUCGAAACCUUGGCUGGGAGCAAAAGACGAGCUUUGCCGAGGGUCUCGCCAUCACAGUGGACUGGUACAAGAGGUUCGGCGAGAAGUGGUGGGGUGACAUUAGCCACGUGCUUACCCCCUUCCCUAUGGUCAACGGUGUAAACGUCGUCCCCGAUACCGAUGAAAUGAUCACCGACAGCCCUCAAGUCGAUGCGUCUGCCCUGAAGAAGCGCAAGAUCGAUGGUGAGCCGGUUGCCACUGCCUAA